AUGAUGCGAGCUCUACUUGGCUUGAACUUUGCCUUUCUUCUCUCGGAUGUAGCUUUGGCAGAGAACUUUUCCCAGCCGAUUAUAUGGCAGGACUUGGCAGAUACUGACCUAAUCCGUGUUAAUGACACUUAUUACUACUCGGGUUCGAAUAUGCACUUCUCUCCCGGAGCCGAGAUCCUCAGGUCUUAUGAUCUCGUCAAUUGGGACCUCCAGGGAGGAAAUGUGUACAACAAGGGGAUCUAUGCCUCCUCUCUGAGGUUCCACGAAGCUACCGGUACAUUCUAUUGGAUUGGUUGCAUCCAAGGGACAGGAAAGACGUAUAUCUACACUGCUCCAAACAUCGAAGGUCCUUGGACACAGACUUCUAUCAUUCAGAAUUACUGCUAUUAUGACGACGGUCUCCUUAUCGAUGAUGACGGUACCAUGUAUGUUUCUUACGGGAAAUGGGUUGCGAAUGGCACGCAAGCAAAGAUAUGGGUUGCAGAAUUGACAAGUGAUCUGCAGAAUAAACAAUCACAGGUGGUGUUCAAUACAACUGAAGAGAUUGGAUAUGUAGAAGGUUCUCGAUUUUAUAAAAUCAAUGGCACGUACUAUAUCUGGUUGACUAACCCUGGGGUUGGUAACGGUCAGAUCAUGCUGAAAUCCAGUGGCGGCCCAUUUGGUCCUUACGAUUCGUGGCACCGUGUCUUGGAGAACAACGGGCAGCCCGUUCACGGGGGAAGUAGCCCGUACCAAGGAGCCAUCGUCGACACACCGGAAGGGAAGUGGUGGUAUAUUGCGUUUGUCAAUCUGUGGCCUGGUGGCAGACUUCCGGUGCUCGCUCCCAUUACCUGGGACUGGACCGGGAUGCCGAAUGUUCAGUUCGUUAAUGGAGAUGAUUGGGGCUCGACUUACCCUUAUCCUCUCCCUCAGGUGCCUGUCACACCAAUAAGUAAAUUGGAUCGAUUCAGUGGUCCGACACUGGGACCACAAUACGAAUGGAACCACAACCCUGAUGAUAUUAAGUGGUCAGUCAAGGAUGGCCUUCAUCUCGAGACAGCCACCAUCACGGACGACUUCUUUUCUGCGCAGAAUACACUUUCGCACCGUAUUUUAGGUCCUCAUUCUAACGCUACCAUAAACGUUGACUAUUCCUCUAUGAUUGAUGGAGACCGAGCUGGUCUCGUUGUCUUCCGGUAUGACGCCGGCUGGUUAGGCAUAACCAAAAACGGAACCGUAACCACGUUGCAAAUGGUAGAUUAUGCCAUAAUGAACAGCACUGGAGGAUGGCAUACAACCAACACAGGGUCUGUAGUGGAUAGUGUGGAGGUUCAUGGCGGAUCAAUCUGGCUGCGGACUUCUUGCGAUAUUAGUGGCAGCUCUGGUUCCGCCAAAUUUUCCUAUAGCACUGACGGGAAAAGUUACAUCCAACUUGGACAUACACAUGUGAUGGACAAUAGUCAACUGUUUUUUGUGGGUGCUCGUUACGGCAUUUUCAAUUUCGCAACCAAGCAGCUAGGCGGUUCAGUUGUGGUGAAGUCUUUUGAGAUAUCUGCUUAG